GUUUCAUAAAAGAUAAAUGCUGCUAGAAGGGAAUACACGAAUCACAAGCAUUAGGAUCUUUCUCUAAUUAAAUCCUGUCCAAACUAAUGCCAACAGCAGAUAACUUACCAUGUCUGCCAGGUUCCAGGUGUGAUUGUUUUUCUUGUAGGAGACAGCGGAAACUUGGGCUCCUUCAGAGGUGGAAGAAAUCUUCCAUCUAGAACCCCAAGGAUCAAUGGAGAACCCCAGAAGAUCUGAUCCAGAAGCCACGAUAUCCAAUGAAGGAUCCAAGUGCAGUGUUAGUGUGCAAGGGAUCUCCUACACCGUCAGUGAACGUGUUGGACCGUGGUGGGAUUUCCAGUCCUAUUACAAAAAAUGGACAAGACAAAUAUUACGAGAUGUUUCCUUUUACAUGGAGAGUGGUCAGAUCAUGGCUAUUUUAGGAAACUCGGGUUCUGGGAAAACUACGCUUCUGGAUGCAAUUUCAGGAAGGAUAGGGCAUAAAGGAACUUUGCUUGGUGAAGUUUAUGUGAACGGAUCUCAGCUGAAAACAGAACAAUUCCAGGAUUGUUUCUCCUACGUCUUACAGCAUGAUACGCUGCUCACCUACCUCACUGUGCGGGAAACACUCACCUACACUGCAAUGCUGGCCCUCCAGAAACACUCAGCAGAAGCCCUGAAGAAAAAGGUGGACUCCGUCAUGGCUGAACUAAGUCUUACUGACGUUGCCGAUACUGUCAUUGGAGGACGUAUUUUUAACGGGAUAUCCAGUGGUGAAAGACGCCGCGUUUCUAUUGCAGCCCAGCUGAUCCAGGAUCCCAAGAUUAUAUUGCUUGAUGAACCAACAACUGGGUUGGAUUCAAUGACAGCAAGUAAUAUCGUGCUACUGCUCUCCGAGUUGGCUCGCAAAGGCAGAAUAGUGAUUAUCUCCAUUCACCAGCCUCGUUCGGAACUCUUUAAAGUUUUUAACAAAAUCGCAAUAAUGAGCUGUGGAGAACUUAUUUUCUGCGGCCAUCCUAAUGAAAUGAUAGAUUUUUUUGAUACAUGCGGCUAUGAAUGUCCUGAACACUCCAAUCCAUUCGAUUUCUAUGUGGAUCUCACCUCAGUGGACACAAGAAGUAAGGAGCGUGAGCUGGAGACGUAUAGCAGAGUCCAGUCCAUCGUAUCGGCCUUUAAAAGCUCAGAACAUUUUCAGAAUACAUUGGACUUUUUUGACAAUUCCAAAGCCAGUAAAGAACGACAACCUAUCCCAUUUAAAAGGAAAGAAUCACCCAACGAACUCUGCAAACUUUGGGUCCUACUAAGGAGAACUGUUAGAAAUUUAUCAAGGAACAAGAUUGGUAUUCUCAUGAGGCUCUCCCAAAACUUGAUAUUUGGCCUAUUUAUUGCAUUUUUCCUAAUUCGAUUAAAUAACGAUGUCCUUAAGGGAGCAGUUCAAGACCGCAUUGGCAUUAUCUACCAAUGUCUUGGAGCAACCCCUUACACAGGAUUACUCAACGCCGUUGCUUUGUUCCCUGCUCUACGUGCCAUCAGUGACCAGGAAAGCAAGGACGGGCUCUACCAGAAGUGGCAAAUCCUGCUAGCCUACAUCGCACACAUCCUGCCAUUCAGCAUUCUCAGCGUGGCCAUAUUUAGCGCUUUCAUUUACUGGACCAUUGGACUGUAUCCUGAGCCGAUACGCUUUGGCUGCUUCUUUGCUAUAAAUGUGGUUCCCCAUCUGAUGGGUGAAUUAUUAACUCUUGCAGUUCUUGGAGUCGUAAACAACCCUAACAUAGUAAAUGCUGGCGUAACCCUGCUUAACAUUGCGGGGAUUCUUGUGGGAUCCGGAAUUUUAAGAAGUUUGCAAGAAAUGCCUCAAGUAUUUCAGCUGCUGAGCUACAUUACCUAUCAAAAAUAUGCUUGUGAAUUAUUAGUGGUCAAUGAGUUUUAUGAUUUGAACUUCACCUGCGGUGGAAAAAACAUUUCAUCAAACCCCCAGUGCGUAUUCACAAAAGGCAACGACUACAUCGACAUGACUUAUCCAGGGGGUCCUUCCAGAAUCACGUUUGAUUUCUUAAUGCUCUACGCUUUUCUUCCUGCCGUGAUCAUUGUUUGUAUAAUAAGCUUUAAAAUACGAGAUGUUUUGAUUCGUAGAUAGAUAUUGCAUUAAAAUAGAGAAAUUAGCUAUUUA